AUGAUGAAAGUACAUCAUGUAUCUGUUGCACCAGAUGUUUCCUUACAGAGAUUUGGUGCUACUUCUAAAGCAAUUCAUUUGCGCUUGCUUUUAACAUUGUAUGGAUAUUCAUUCCCGACCUUAUCUAAUGAAGUAGUGAAUAAUGUAAUUUUGAAGUUGAGGUGUUUAAGAAUAUUAUCAUCGUCUGGUUGCGUAUUUUUAAGCGAUUCAAUUGGUGAGCUUAAGCAUCUUCGUUUCCUUGACCUCUCUUGCACUUCGAUCAAAAGAUUGCCAAACUCUAAAUGCCGAGACACUUUCAUCGUGGGAGAAGAUAAUGGGACGAAGAGAGAAGAGUUGAGGGAGCUUUCAAAUCUGCGCGGAGAACUUUCCCUUAUGAAUUUAAAGAAUGUUGCAAGUGCCACGGAUACAUCGGAAGCCAGAUAUUGCAACAGUUUGCCAUUGCUGGGACAGUUAUCCUCCCUCAAAACUCUGCUUGUUGAAGGCCUUAGUGAAGUGGUGACUGUUGGUGCUGAGUUUUACAGGAAUAUUGCUGGUUCUUCUGUAACAAAGCCAUUUGAAUCACUGGAAUUCUCAGAAUCUCUAGGAGUCUCCUUAGAUGGGGAUGGGAUGCUAACAUCUUUAUCAUAUAUUAGUGUUUACGGUUGCCCCAACUUUGUAUCUUUCGCUAAAGGCGGAUUGCAUGCCCCCAACUUGACUAGACUUCGAGUUGAAGGUAGCAAGAAAUUAAAGAAGCUACCUGAGCAAAUGAGGAACCUCCUCCCAUUUUUGAACACCUUGCAAAUCUCCAAUUGUCCAGAGUCGGAGUCAUUUCCUGAAGGUGGUCUACCCUCUCAUCUGAAUAGACUUUGGAUUAUGAACUGUCCUAAACUCAUAGCACAGCGAAUGAAGUGGAAUUUUCAUGCAUUCCAAGUUCUUACGAAUUUUUCAAUUGGUGACGAAUGUGGAGGAGGAGGUGUGGAAUUAUUUCCGGAGGAGGGUUUGCUACCCUCCACUCUUUCCUCUAUCCGUAUCCAUAAAUUUCCACAUCUUAAGAUGCUGGACAUAAAGGGACUUCAACAAUUCACGUCUCUUGAAUGUCUAUGCAUCUCAGAGUGCCCUCAAUUGGAAAAGCUUUCACAACAACGUUUGUCUACAUCUCUUAAACAUUUUCAAAUUGAUGGAUGUCCACUCCUCGAAGAAAGGUGCCGAAGGGAGAAAGGGGAAGACUGGAACAUCAUUUCUCACAUCCCCAGAAUUUGGAUCGACUACUGCCCCAUUUAA